CUGAAGCCUACAUUCACAUCGAAUGCCUGACGUUUUGCUCAAUGUAUCUCCAAGAUAUUAAGACGAAGUUUACUCGAAUGGACCGCAACAUUGAUGGUGGAGAAGCGGAGAAUAUAGAUGGAUUCAAGAUUUUCAACCAGAAAGUUCGUCUCAUGGGUGUGGCUUCCAACUUGCAAUUAUCAGAUAAACUCCUCAAGGAAGCCAUAUGGUAUGUCCUCAACAACUACGCUGAGAUUGGACACUACCUAGAGGAGCACUACAAGAAAUGUAAUGUGCAUAGCCCAAAUUGUAUCAAUCGAACACAUCAAACUGAGUUUCCAACUUGGUUCAGGAAACAUGUUCAGGACCAGCGUAUCACCAACCCACUCGAUGUGACUGCUGAUCUGUAUGCGUUAGCUUGCGGUCCUGAACCUAAGGUUGCAUCCUAUGCUGCUUGCAUUAUAAAUGGCAAAAGAUUCCAUACAAAGCAGUGUGAACUUCGGAGGCGUACACAAAAUUCAAGGGCGUUGGUAACUGGUGACGAAAGUACAAAUAAUGUUGACUUCUAUGAUGUUAUUAAUGAUAUCGUGGAGUUACGCUAUAUAGGUUGGCGUUGGGUGUACUUGUUCAUGUGUGAUUGGUUUGAUGUUGGUGAUCCAAGACGAGGGAUACGAAUUGAUAACCAUAUGACAAGUAUCAAUAUGGACAGGACUUGGAAUAAGGAUGAACCAUUUAUGUUAGCAUGCCAGGCUUCCCAGUAUUUUUACAUCAGAGAUAUAAGGGCGAAAGGGAGAUAG